UGUGGCCUGUGGAGAUUAGCAGUGGAACAUACAUUACCUGCAGUCUAUGGAGGGCCCCACACUGGGGCAGGUGACUGCCUGAAGGCCGUGAGUCUGAAGGAAGCCUGCACUGGAGCAGUCUGUUGCUGGGAGGUCUGCAGCCCGCAGAAGGGAUCCGUGUUUGAGCAGUUCAUAAAGAGCUGCAGUCCUGGGGGAAGGACUGUUAUUGGAGAAGAUCAAGGAGGAUUGUCUCUCGCAGGAGAGAUGCCACAUUGUAGGAGAGCGUGAGCAUAAGUAGCCUUCCCUGGAGGGGAAAGGAGCAGCAAAACCAACCUAAGGUGAAGAAUGGAAGUACCAGCGAAAGACAUCUGCCUGUUAGGUGCUCCCUUCAGUCUGUAUGGGAUAUGUUGCCUAGGAGUGAAGACUAAGAGUUUAGCUCUUCGUUUGGAAGCUAACCCAACGUAUCGUGCGAUGAAGCUCUGUGAUGGUGAGGAACACACCCUGGGGACGUAGGAUCAUAGCGAUCAGGUUGCAGUUUGGAGCCUUGGUUAGAGGGGCUUGUCAGAAGGGUCACAGGUAUUUCCUGAUGGUGUCUGUCUUCAGUUGUGAGUGUUUGAUGAUCUUAAGGUUGUUACAUUUUGCAGAGCUAGUCACUAUUAUAAAGUUAUUAUACUAGAGUAUUAAUAUACCAAUUUGGUAUUAUACAGCACUUAUUUAGGUUUUAUUGCAUGUAAUAACAUGUAACGUAAUCACAUUUUCAACUACAUCUUCUCGGUGUUAGCAGCAUCUUUAAAAAACAUCAAAACUAAUCCCAAUAGGUCCCCAGCACUGACUUGCAGCUUUGUCGUGCGGGUAAACGUCAUGAAAACCAAGCUGUGUUUGGUAUAAACGAACCGUAACACCUACCAAGCGGUAAGACUCAAGUAAACGUGACCUGAUGAAUGAUGAUGAAGUUAAUUAUGGCUACGUCCCAUCGUUUUUUAAUACAAUGACUUACUUUAACGCAAGUCACAGACCAUCCAACCACCACACUCACCCCCUCCGCACGGUGCGCACCCCGCGCUCGGCAGGACGCGGCAGCCGCGCCCGGCACCGCCCCCUAACGGCGUCAUGGGGGUACGCGCACCUGGCGUGGCGCGCUGCUUGCUCCGCGCAUGCGCCUUGUCCGCCUCUGGGCCCAGGCGACCCCACUUCAUCGGGGCGCGGGCGCUAGGGCACCCGGAAGCAGCUCCCGGGCGGAGGCGGGCUGCGGGGCCGCGUGCCGCCGGUGCGGGCAUGGAGGCGCAGGCGGCGGUGGUGGCGCAGAUGGAGAGCCUAGCGUUUGAGCCUGCCGGCCCCGGCUUGGCUUCGGCCGAGGAGCCGGCGGCCAGCAUGGAGGUUGCGCCAGGCCAGGAGCCGGCGGCGAGCGGGAAGGUUGUGCCGAGUGAGGAGUCGGCGGCGAGCGUGGAAGUUGUGCCGGAUGAGGAGCCAGUGGUGAGGGUGGAAGAGGCUUCGGGCGAGGAGCGGGCGGCGACGGUGGAGGAGGCUUCGGGCGAGAAGCUAGCGGCGAAUGUGGAGGAGGCUUCGGGCGAGGAGCGGGCAGCGAACGUGGAAAGGCCGCCGAACUCUCCAAGUCCUCUGCGGGGCAGUGGGGAAGACCAGGCCACGCCGCCCUCAGACGAAACGGAUCACGGAGGCCCUCCUGCUUCCGCCUCUUCGUCGGACUCGGACAGUGAUACAGAUACUUCAUCAACUACAUCCCCAUCUUCGUCGUCUUCUUCAGCAGUAUCUGAUGAAGAUGAUUAUCCAAAUAGGAAGGAUAACAGAUCUUUCUGUGUUAAAACAAAAGAUGAAUUGCCUUUUGAUGAACUGCCUCCUGUUGAAGACUUAUCAAUAAUUCUGCCUGAUAAUGUUGAACUGAAGCCCUUUGGGACAGUUUCCAGCAUCAUUGAACAGCUAGUAAUAAUUGAGUCACUGAAAGGUCUACCUCCAAUAAAUGAAGACAGCAUAAUUUUUAAGAAAGAUCGACAAGCAGCAGGAAAGAUAUUUGAGAUAUUUGGUCCUGUUUUACAUCCGUUUUAUGUCUUAAGAUUUAACAGUUCUGAACAUAUCAAAGCAAAAGAUAUAAAUGUGCAAGAUGAGAUGUAUUUUGCUCCAUCAGUGGAGGACUUCACCCAGUAUAUAUUUGCAGAGAAGCUAAAACAGGAAAAAGGUUCAGAUGCAUCUUGGAAGAAUGAUGAAGAACCUCCACCUGAAGCUUUAGAUUUCAGUGAUGAUGAAAAAGAAAGGGAGGCAAAACAAAAGAAGAAGCCUCAAAGUCAAGGAAGGAAGAAAUCCAAAUGGGGAACAAAUGCGUCAAGUGAGAGCAAAGGAAUUAAUCAGUCGAUGCCACAGCCUGCUUCAAGGGGAUACUCUGGCAGAGGGUUCUUCAGGGGUUCAGCUCCUGGUCCAUCAGGCCCUCCAGGCUUUUUGAGACCACAAGCAAGACCUCCACAGCUGUACUCUUCAGACAACAGAUUAUAUCAGGAAUCUCCAGUGUUUAUGCAACCUCAAAGAAAAGAAAAUCCAGUGAUGCCACAGUAUCCCUUUCCUCCUCCAGUUUUUGGUUCUGCGAAUAACAUGCAGCAAUUCCACCUUUUGCCUUCAGAUUCGAAUAUGAUGUGGACCGUUCCAAAUACCUACAACUCGUUUUUACCUCCUCCCCCUCCUCCCCCUCCUCCUGAUAGCCACUCGUUUCAGUUCAGGCCUUACUAAGUUUCUGUAAAUAUAUACAUACAGAGCAUUUCAGUUUAAAGGGAAGAAGAGCAGACUGCUGAGACUGAAUUCCUUAGUUUUGGGGGUGUUUCAUUUUUUUGCAGUGGUAGAACACAUGCAGAGUUUAAUGCUUUAUGGGACAUCCAUAGAAAACUUUUUUUUGUAUAUAUGUUUUCUAUUUCUAAAAAGAAAUCUGUAUGAUAAAACUAAGUGAAUAUUAAAUAAUAGUUUAUUUUUGUGGUACCUGCUAGUUUGGGAUGAUAAAUAAAUAAUUUUGGAGACUGUUAA